CUGGCGGGCGCGGGGAAAAUGGCGGCGGCGGCAGCUGCAGCGAACGGGACCGGAGGGAGCAGCGGGAUGGAGGUGGAUGCAGCAGUAGUCCCCAGCGUGAUGGCCUCCGGAGUAACUGGGAGUGUCUCAGUCGCUCUUCAUCCCCUUGUCAUUCUCAACAUCUCAGACCAUUGGAUCCGCAUGCGCUCCCAGGAGGGGCGGCCUAUGCAGGUGAUUGGGGCUCUGAUCGGAAAGCAGGAGGGCCGAAAUAUCGAGGUGAUGAACUCAUUUGAGCUGCUGUCCCACACCGUGGAAGAGAAGAUUAUCAUUGACAAGGAAUAUUAUUACACCAAGGAGGAGCAGUUUAAACAGGUAUUCAAGGAGCUGGAGUUUCUGGGUUGGUAUACCACAGGGGGGCCACCUGACCCCUCCGACAUCCAUGUCCAUAAGCAGGUGUGUGAGAUAAUUGAGAGUCCCCUCUUUCUUAAAUUGAACCCUAUGACCAAACACACAGAUCUUCCUGUCAGCGUUUUUGAGUCUGUCAUCGAUAUAAUCAAUGGAGAGGCCACCAUGCUGUUUGCUGAGCUGACCUACACUCUGGCCACAGAGGAAGCUGAACGCAUUGGUGUUGACCACGUGGCCCGAAUGACUGCCACGGGCAGCGGAGAAAACUCCACUGUGGCUGAGCACUUGAUAGCGCAGCACAGUGCCAUCAAGAUGCUGCACAGCCGCGUCAAGCUCAUCUUGGAAUACGUCAAGGCUUCUGAAGCCGGAGAGGUCCCCUUUAACCAUGAGAUCCUGCGGGAGGCCUAUGCUCUGUGCCACUGCCUCCCUGUGCUCAGCACUGACAAGUUCAAGACCGACUUUUAUGACCAAUGCAACGAUGUGGGGCUCAUGGCCUAUCUUGGCACCAUCACCAAAACGUGCAACACAAUGAACCAGUUCGUGAACAAGUUCAAUGUCCUCUAUGACCGACAAGGCAUCGGCAGGCGUAUGCGGGGGCUCUUCUUCUGAUGAGAGGGUAAUAAUAAGCCUGUGAUUAAUAAAAGGGGAGCAGCCCCUCAGCACCCCACCCGGUGGCUCUGUCCUCUCUGUUAGGCACCAGUUUUCUCAGCUUGGAUCUUAAACAAGGUCCUGCAUUCCAUCCUUGCUGAGGCAUGAAUCCUUUUUAAUCACCAGCUCUUGACAACCUCCAGUGAUUGGGAGUUCACUGCCACUCGAAGAAACCCCACGCCCUGUCAGAUGGACUGUUUUUAUAUUGAGCCAAAGGCUCCCGGCUUCCACCCAAGUGAUACUUGUUCUGCCCUUUAAUAAUAGGUCAACCCGAUAAACAUGGUAAAUAA